UAGUGCACAUCAUUCACAUCACAGCAUUCACAUAACUGUUUGGUUGGAGGUUAACCACGCUUGUUUCUCGGUGUUCCUGUUAGGCCGCACGUGGUGGUUUGAAUUUGUUUUGUGUGUAAUUUAAGUGCCUGCGUUAUUAGUGAAAUUAUGGAAAAAUCAGGAUUUUCGCGUGGAGGUAGAGGCGGCGGAUUUGGAGGGCGAGGAGGAGGAGGAGGAGGAUUUGGUGGCCGUGGCGGCGGCGGUGGUGGAGGGUUUGGUGGCCGUGGAGGCGGCAGAGGAGGCUUUGGAGGCCGUGGCGGUCGUGGUGGACGUGGAGGCGGUGGAGAUCGAGGAGGAGGUCGUGGUGGUUUUGGAGGUCGCGGAGGCGGCAGAGGACGAGGAGGAGGCGGUGGAGGACGGGGAGGUGGUGGCUUCAGAGGAGGCAAAACGGUUGUUGUCGAACCACACAGACACGAAGGGGUUUUUAUUGCCAGAGGCAAAGAAGAUGCGCUUGUGACCCGGAAUUAUGUCCCUGGGUCUGAAGUGUAUGGAGAAAAAAAGAUUUCCGUUGAGACUGACGGAGAAAAGGUUGAGUACCGUGUGUGGAAUCCAUUCAGGAGCAAAUUGGCGGCUGCUAUUUUGGGUGGCGUGGAUCACACUCACAUCACGCCCGGCAGCAAAGUCCUUUACAUCGGAGCAGCGUCCGGCACGACAGUGUCGCACGUCUCGGACAUUGUGGGUCCAGAGGGGCUUGUAUAUGCUGUCGAGUUCUCUCCUCGAUCAGGCCGAGAUCUGAUAAAUAUGGCCAAAAAGCGCACGAACGUUAUUCCUAUCAUUGAAGACGCCCGACAUCCCUUAAAGUACCGAAUGUUGGUAGGCAUGGUGGACACGAUAUUUGCCGAUGUGGCACAGCCUGAUCAGGGCCGAAUUGUUGCAAUGAAUGCUCAGUACUUCUUAAAAGCAGGCGGUCAUUUCAUCAUUUCGAUUAAGGCCAGUUGCAUCGAUUCGACAGCACAGCCUGAAGCGGUGUUUGCCUCGGAGGUGAAAAAGAUGCAGGCCGACAAGCUAAAACCGCAAGAGCAAAUCACUUUGGAGCCCUACGAAAGGGAUCAUGCUGUUGUGGUGGGCACCUUCAAACCUCAGGGAUGAUUUUUUUUAUGAGAAAAUUUAUGAAUAUAACUUCAUAAUUUAGUUUAAGUGCUAUUUGUAUUAUAUUACUUUAAAUA